CUUUUAUAAACCAAAAUGGGUUCAAGGGAUUGUCCUCAGGGGGACAUGUUGCAAGUGUCGAAGAGCUCGCGUUUCCAGCGCAAGCAAAUCUUGAAAUUCGUGCCACCAAUCGGUCUGACAUGCAUCAACUACAGAGAUCUUGGCGAGGUGGACUACUUCUAUCUGGACUGUCAGAAUUUCAGGGAUUACUAUCGCGACGCCGUCAACAAGCUGCAUCGUCCCGAUCGAUUCUGCCAAUACCACGGCAAAUGCGGUGUCAGAGUUGACCGCGAACUUGUGGCACUAACUGAACCCGUGCAUUGGGUUCGUGAGCGUCAGCCCGUCGUCUAUCCAGCCGAGUAUAGUCGUCGCAUGAAUCUGGACGGCAUCAUAAGGAUUGGUGCUCAUUUUCAAAGCACUUCUUCUGUUAACUUUAAGCGUUAACAUUUUCUUUCGAUAUUAAACAUACAAAAUUGCAUGUUAUAAUAAUAGACAAUUAUUUACAAUAAAAUAUUUGUUUCGU